AUGCUUUGCUCGUCCAGAAUAACCAAUGUUUGCCGCCAGCGACCGCAGCUUCUGUCCAGCUGCCUGAGUGGCGAUUCUCGCGUCGCGAUCGUCCCGAGCACUUUCUCCGCAGAUCCAGAUCGCCUGUCCUACGCGAAACGAACAGCGUCAACAUGCAAUAGACAUAGCCAGACUCCGAAAUCGAAACCGAGUCCAUUAUCACCGGCGACGCACCGCUUCUGGACCUGUCGCUCGACGUGGCGGCGCGCGGGCAUCAACACCCUGCGCUGCCUGCUCGGCUGCACGGUCGGCGACUUCUCGGCGCUCUGGACGCUGCAGACGUAUUUUCCUGAGUUGGGGAUGGGGGCGAUAAUGGGCGUAUCGAUGGCGUCGGGAAUAACGACAUCCAUUAUCCUUGAGACGGUCCUACUUCACCGCGGAGACAGGCUUCCGUGGAUGAUGGCAAUGCGUACGGCGAUGGGGAUGAGUUUCGUCUCGAUGCUUGCUAUGGAGGCUGCGGAGAAUCUUGUCGACUACCAUCUCACCGGCGGCGUGAUUGCCCUCGACGACGUCCGGUUCUGGAUGGCGGCCGUGGUGUCGGUGGGCGCUGGCUUUCUGGCGCCUCUGCCGUAUAACUACUGGCGGUUGAGGAAGUUUGGGAGGGCUUGUCAUUGA